GCCAGUGAGGAGCAAGAGAGUCGAGAGAGGCUCGGCACUCGUGCACAUCGCUGGACACUCCCUGAGCAGCGUUAUUGGUUGGAGCAGGGGCGGACUGGUAACUUAUGGGGCCCCCGGGCAAUAGGGGAUCAUGGGGCCCCUGUGUCCUUGCCCACACUCAAAGCACACCCAAAAAAAGCCUAUAAAAAGGUACCAGGGGCAUUUCAUGGGGCCCCCUACUGACCCCGGGCAGUGCUCGAAUGCUCAGUCCGCCCCUGGG